AUGCUCUUCGAUUUCGUCCUCAAGGAUUAUGUGCGCGAUUUUAUGCUGGUCGCGCUAGUGCUCGCAUGGGUGGUUCGCACACUACCACGGCACAAGGCCGACACUCGCGCCGCAACAGCUAAAGAGGUGGAGACACUACACACAAUGCUGGGUCUCUGUAUAAAUUCCUAUGGAAAUGCGGAACUCGGACGCAACGGUGAUCUUUUCGGCUCCUGGAAACUCGUCGCCAGCUAUUGGGAAGGAACGAUCUGGCUCUGGCAAGACGACACGCGCAAAACUUCGUGGGCUGUCGUCGUUAGGGGGACUUCCCACCUCUUGGACAGCUUUCAAGACAAGCGUCUAGUCUCUGAUACCAUGCACGCCAGGUGGACCAGCACGUGGCAAGAUGAUGCAGAUGCCCUCUGUCAAGAAGUGCAACGAUUUCUGAAGGAGAAGCAGAUCGAUCUCAGCCGGGAUGACGUCACGUUUGUUGGCCAUUCACUAGGAGCAAGUCACGCCGAGUAUCUCUUGCACUUCUUUCGUAGUCGAUCUCAAGAUGGUGACAAUCUCAAAGGCGUCACUUUCGACUCGCCCGGUCAACCCAAAAGUUUUCGGCAAGCAAAGCAGAUGCCUCCCAGUAUCCCUGGUCUCAAGACACUGAACGCUCCGGCAAACAUCGUCAACACCCUGAACCCGCCGUGCGCAGAGAUACUGUAUUGCUGUGGGUCUGGCAGCCGCAUCUACUUUGGCACAAUUUGCAAUGGGGUGAAGGCGGCCUGGCACUUCGGCGCUCGAGCGGUCUUCUUUGGGCUCGACGCGCUUCGCGAACAUAGCAUGCAGCAUCGGCUGGAGUCAAUGCAGACGCUUGUCGACGAUGGACAGCUGUCGCUGAGCUGUCGUACCCAGUGGCCUACCUACUCUGGCUGGUUUGUCUCCGUGCUUGGCAGCCAGCACAAGGCAUCUUUUCGGGCACAUACAGACCCAUCGCCGCAGCCCGCUCCAGCCGCGGUGCACACGACCCCUCUUCCGCACGUUGCGAUCCCGCCGGCCAAUCGCCAUCCCGACCUGCUGCGACUUCCAGAGAAGCGUGAAGACAUGCUCAUACGGAAACCAUACAAAUGUUCCAACGCGAAUGUGGAUUGGCAGCGCUUUUUCGAUAUGUUGACAGCUUCUGACAAGGUGUUUGCGCUGGUGGGCGAUUCUGGCCAGGGCAAAACAAGCAUCUUCAAGACGCUUUUGGAACUGCCACACACGGACAGGCAGCUUCUGAUUGCGGAUGGUAUUAACACUACCCGCUUUCCGAUAGUAGCUUGGAUGAAGGACGUUUGCGUGGACGACAAGGGCACGACGCGUCGAAUUUUCCUCGUAGAUCUUCCUGGACUCGGGGGCCUUGAGCAGGCCGGCCCUCAUGCGAACGACUUUAUGCAAAACAAUGCAGAAAGCUUACUGAAACAGAUCCGCAAGUCUGUGGGUGCGAUCUACUACGUUCGUCGAGAGUCUACCAUUCAGGAUGAGUCGAAGAACAGAUUCGAUGCUAUACGGCAAAUCUGUGGGGACGACAUUUCGUUGCGCGUCAUCUACAACCACGAGGGCCCGCCUGACAGAGAAUGGGUCGAACCAAGGCGUCAGGCCAUCAGCGAAUGCCUUAAAAUUCCGAAAGAUUGGCUCGUACAAUGUACGGUCAUAGCUCGACCAGAAUUUAACGAGCAAGCCCGAGAGAGGGGCCACCACAACGUGAAGCUUUUACUUGACAGAUGGACAGACGACACGAAGCCGGCAGUAUUGAAGUCAUCUCUGGGAACAGUGGGCGAUCGCACUGUCAAGGUCGAAGCUGAGAUAGCGUACCAGGAUAGCCAAGCUCCGCUACUAGGCUCACUCGGGGGCGGUCUUGUUGGUGGAGGAGCCACGGCUUACGCCAGCUGGGCAGUCGGAGCGGCAUGGUGGGGCUCCAGUCUCGGUAAGGUGUUGCUCGUGACCAGCGGUGGCGUCGUAGCGGCUGUACCGCUCGCCAUCACUUGCGGUGUUGCUGUGGGAUCGACCGCAGUGACGUAUGGCGCGAUCCAAGCCGCACCUUGGGCUGGACGGCAAGCUCGCAAAGGCUACCUAGGAGUUGCCAGCUGGUUCGAAGCUUGGUAG